AUGAAGUCUGUCAACCUUUUGGACGGGACUUCGGCGGAUGACACAGUCAAGUUUCAUGAAGUGGCUAGAACCAUUUACAAAUCAAGAAAAGCUGUACUUUUAACCGGUGCUGGAAUCUCGUGCAAUGCAGGCAUUCCGGAUUUCAGAUCAGACGACGGCUUGUACAAUAUUGUGAAAGCAAAGUACCCACAGAGCUUCAUCAAGGGCCAGGACUUGUUUGACAUUUCAUUAUUUCGUAACCAAGAGACCCUCCUGAUAUUUUGUACGUUUAUGGAGGGGCUUUACAAGCACUCUUUGGCGGCUAAAGCAACCGAAACUCAUCGCUUCAUUAAAACGUUGAAGGAGAAAAACAAACUCUUGCGAUGCUACACACAGAAUAUAGAUAGUCUAGAGAAGCGGAUCGAUCUUAAUUGUGGGAUUAACUCAUCUGAAUUCAAUGAGAUCGACAACGGCGCUGGAAAGCUGUUCAGGGAUAACUGGAAGUCCUUAGACGUUGUCCAGCUUCAUGGCAACCUUCACAAGCUUCUGUGUACUCAGUGCUUUAGCCACUACGAAUGGACGCCGGAAGCCCAGAAGAUGCUUGAGCAAGGUGAAAACCCCGAGUGUGAAAAUUGCAAUCUCAAAUACCAAGAAAGACUUUACUCCGGAAAACGUCUCACAGGAAGCAUAGGUUUCUUGAGACCCGACAUUGUUUUAUAUGGCGAGAACCAUCCACAAUCAGAGAUGCUUACUAGAGGUCUUAAUAUCGAUCUUAGCAUCAAAAGCGACUGUCUUCUUAUCAUGGGAACUUCCCUCAAAGUUGACGGUGUCAAGAAGUUGGUGAGAAGUUUAGCCAAGUCUAUUCAUGACAGAGGUGGAAAGGUCAUCUUUAUUAAUAAGCUGCCUUUGCCAAAGCAAUGGGCAAGCUUGGUAGACUAUGAGAUUAUUAGUGACUGUGACGACUUUGUGAGGCUACUCAAGAGAGAGAUUCCUGACUUGUUCUUGACUCAGGAACAACUCGAUUCAAAGAGACUUAAGUGUGCUACUAUGACACCCAAAUCUAUCAAGAAGGAAGUUCUACUUGAUAUCAAGAAUGAAGCAAUCGCUACCAUUGAGAACAUCAAGCAAGAGCUUGCCGAUGAAUCUAACGUUAAAAAGGAAGAUGCCGACCUUCUUACUCCUCCAACGACGCCGAGCAAACAGCGCACCAUUCUCCUACCGAAAGUUAGACCUUCCCUUAAGAGAAGCAACUCCAAUGCCGUCAAGCGGUUGCCCACUCCGGCAUCGAGUUUCUGCGAACCUAUCAAGGUUGAGUCAGAUAGUGAGGUUGGUACUGAUUGUGAUGAAGAGCCACCUUUACAAGACAUAAGCAGGUCGAAACUCAACUGUGGAGUCAAAAGAAGCAUUAAGCAAGAGAGUGAACCAUCCACCAAGCGCUUAAAAGCCUAA